UUAUAACACGCUUUUAGGACUUAAAUACCAAUUCUUACAACAAAUCAUUCUACAAUUCGACAAUUAAAUACUCUUAAGUAGAUUGGACAAUUAAAAUUAAUAGUGAUCAUGGAAAGUUACGUUGUAUUAUCAUUUGUCGGAGAAGGCUCUUUCGGUCGAGUAUUUAAAGGAAAACACAAAGAAACUGACGCUGUUGUUGCCUUAAAAGUAAUUCGAAAGAAAGGUAGAUCAACAAAAGACUUGAAAAACUUGAGACAAGAAUGUGAUAUACAGAGAGAACUUAACCAUCCGAAUAUCAUACGGAUGAUAGAUAGUUUUGAGACAGAAACUGAAUUGGUUGUGGUGACAGAAUAUGCUGAAAAGGAGCUACAUAGUAUUUUAGCAAAAGAAGGAUCUCUGAAUGAGGACCAGGUUAAAAAGAUAACCUGGGACCUGGUUUCGGCUCUGUAUUAUUUACAUUCUCAUAGAGUUCUUCACAGGGAUCUAAAACCACAAAAUGUGUUAUUAGAUUCAUCAGGCAAAGCUAAGUUGUGUGAUUUUGGCCUAGCUAGGAUAAUGACUAAUUCAACGCACAUAUUAACAUCAAUUAAAGGAACUCCACUGUACAUGGCUCCGGAACUCAUUGAUGAAAAACCAUAUGAUCACCAGGCUGAUCUGUGGUCCCUUGGCUGUAUUGUGUACGAGCUGAUGGCUGGACAACCUCCGUUCUGCACCAUGUCUAUAUGGCAGCUUGUGAGAAUGAUACGGCAUAAACCAGUUCAAUGGCCGAGCUUCAUCAGUGUUGAUGCUAGGUCAUUUUUACAGGGCUUAUUACACAAAGAUCCAGGGAAAAGAAUGAGCUGGCCGGAGAUAUUGGUGCAUCCAUUUGUGGCUGGGCAUAUCCACAUAGUGGCAGAAGAUGUACAGAGUGAUUCCCCGUUUACUAAACCAUUGUCGUGUAGCCAACAAGAGGCCAAGUUUCUACAAACAGAAAAACUUAAUAAGAAUUCAAAAAGUAUAAAGCUGAAUAACGAACCAAAAAGAGAAGGAAGGGAGCACGAUUUGAGGAACGUAAGAGUCAUGCAAGCUAUGGAGUGUGUCCCUAUGUCGGACGAUGACAGUGUCCGGGCCACAAGUGCUUUCAGCGUGCGAGACAGUCUUAAAACAGAUGACGAGGACCAAUCGCAACCAAUAACAGCAGCCAAUGCAAAGUUGCUACGACACGAAUUCAACGUUAUGAACAACUCUAACCUAGUUGUUUGUAACCUGGAAAAAAACAUGGCACAACUUAUGGCCGGUAAUCAAAAACAAGAUACUAAUAAAAUGCACAAAAUUGAUGAAGAAAAACAUGACAAGGAGAUAAGUAAAGAAAAACAAACGACUAAUGACUCGAAAGACUCUGAUGCGGAUAUUAAAGUUAAACCAACAGACACGGCGUCACAGAGCCUAGAAACUCCAAAGAGUUCUUCAAAAUGCAGCAGUGAAGUCAGCGCAGGACUAAGUAAAAGUGUACCUCCAUCUUACAAGCAGAAACUUCUACAAUUUUCUAAAGACAAGCUUAGGUUUGCCAGCGGUGGAAACAGACUGACAAGUAGCAUCAAAAGAUCAUUCCGGUUCAGCAAAAGUUUUGAGAAGAAUAAACAAGAAACACAACAGAGGCGUACGAGCGAACCGGCGCUCGAAAUAUCUAAUUUGCCAGAACAUAAAAGUGAGGAUAAAAUCAAGUACUCUAAAGAAGACAAGGAUGAAGAUAUAGAAAAGUGUGAGGUUAUCGAAGAAAUUUUGGAUGAUAAAGAAGAAGCAAAUAAUGAUCUACAGAAAAAUAAUGAGAGUCAUGAAAUAAAAGAACCGACAUCCUUGGAGCUUGAGGAAUGGGAGGCAUUUCUUAAUUCUAACAUCAAUGAAGUAAUGGACGGUGAUGUUGAAUCUCUUACUCAGUUAAAUAUGGUGAGCAUGGUAGUUCGUGUAGUGGAGAGUGCGGCGCGCAGCGAGCAAGGCAGGCGCGUGUGCGGUGCGGUCGCGGCGCUGUUGGCGCUGCCGGCGCUGUCGCACUCGUUGCCGAGACAUACACUGUUGAACAUACAGGAUGUAUAUCUUGAAGCGAAAGUGGUUUAUACAUUUGUGGCGGCUAUAAACUCGUUAAUGAAGCAUAAUAAGAAGGACGAAGAUGGCGCAGACGAAAGGAAACAAGCCGUGGCGCGCAUGAUAGAGGUGUGCUCGUGGCUGUGCGUGCGCUCGUGCCGCGGCGUGCGUCAGUUCGCCACGGCGCUCGCUGCGCAAGCCGCGCACCGCGUGUUCGCCGCGCUGCUCGCCGACUAUCAAAAAUCAUCACGCAUAGUGUUGAACGUCAUCGGCAUAUUCAUAACGAUACUUCAAGAUCUGCCGGAGCACGCAGAAGUAGUAGAGAAGAUACUCUUCGAAGACGACUCCUUCAACUUCUUGAGGCUUCUAGAACAGCCGAGUGACGCUCUAAGAAUGAGAACGAAGACAAAAUAUCGCACUUAUUAGCAUUACAUUUCUGUAUACUGCAUUGUGAAUCCUUUUAUUAGACCAGUGAUCCGCAAAGUGUGUGCCGCGGCACACUGGUGUACCGUGGUCAGCCGUUGGUGUGCCUCGGAAAAGGUCAUCGUACAGUCCGUCAAGAAAGAGUAGACGCAGUACAAAAUUUUCUAAACGUAAUCACGCUCAAAGUGUGUUUUUUUCUCUUUGUAUUUCCACAGAGAACGCUUAUACCCUGUAAAUAUUAUCACCUUGCAUAUUUUUAUCUCGAUUUGUGAUUCCAAAAUUGUGUGCAGCGUCUAUAACUCUUUUUUGACAGGCUAUACGUUGUUCUAGUGAUAAGUGCCAAAAAAGGGACAUCUCAGGACGAUCGACGAAGGGCUAGGAGCUCAGAGUAAGCGCUAUACAGAAUAAUUUGUGAUGUACCUCAAAAUAUUUUUAUUUUCCUAGAUGUGCCAUGCACACAAAAAGUUUGCGGAACACUGUAUUAGACAGUCGCAAUGUGAUCUUUAUCGCGCGUAAUGUGUUAUCGCGUCUAGGCAUAAUUUGAUUUACUUACUUGUAAUAUUUUAAUCCUAAAAAAAGGAAAUAAAAGAAACUUAAUUAAAUUGUUUAUUAGCGUACAGUAAGCAGGUACGUACUGUUAAUUGUUAAGCUUUUCCAAAUUUUGACUAUGUAAUGUGCCAUAUUUACUUGAA